AUGGCACGGCUGGCUUUCCUACUGGCUUUAGCCCAGAGCACGCUCAUUUAUUCGCUGCCUACGCUUGAGGACAGGCGUAAGGCGGAUAUGUUCGAUGAGCGGGCUAUUACACUUUCUUCCAAUAUUGAGGUUACGACGAGCUAUACCAGCGCUAUUUCGUCUCUGCAGUCGGCAACUGUAACCGUGUCACCCUCUCAGACAGGAACCAUCCUGACCGGCCUGCCACCUGGAGGGUUCACUCAGAAUCCUCUGAAGACCUCGGACAUUCCAGAACCGACUGGAUCCCUCAAGCCACUCGACUCGACUCUCGCUCCGGGUCCUACGACUCCUUUGGGUGGCGUCGAUGGUAACAUCUUCGUGCCUAUGGCCACAGAUGCCCCUCCACAACAAAUCACUUCUCGCGAUGACCACGUCGUAAAGAAGCUUAACAUCGUCGACAAUGACGUUCCCAUCAGCACGAACAAGUUCUAUGCGAACUUCUUCCUGGGAAGCCAAACACAGUCAGUCUGGACGCAUCCAUACUCUCUAUCGUGGGCCAAGGGGCACGGGAAUACGUAUGGCAUGGCCGUCUCGCAUAUUGAGCGGAGUCAGCUGGCCUGGGGCCCCGGAGACACGCCGCAGUACUUCAUCGCUCCGAUUGGGAUACAGCACUUCGUCUUCUCCGCUGCAGAGCUUGGUUCAGACACCGUCCUUUCCACAGAAGAGCUGACUGCCUUCUCCGUCUAUGCUAACCUUGCUCCUUCCGCGAACGCUGACCCUCUCAUCACCAUCCCGUGCGUUCAGGGAAUGGGUUUCGUCACAGCUCUGUACAACUCAGCAAAGCCCCAGCUGACUUCCGGAGUCUUCUUCCGCACUCUGGACUACGUGGAGCAACUCAACGGCAUAACGUACAAGUACCGCAUCACGCUUGAGGAUAACUCGGCAUGGCUUCUUUAUGCCACGCCGGUCGCUUCGCUCGGCACUCCCCCGUUUACGCUGAAGAAUAGCUCCAUGAUCGAGGGACCUGCAGACUUCAUCGGCAUGAUCCAGGUCGCGAAGAACCCUGCCAAUACCACUGGCGAGCAGACAUACGACUCCACAACCGGCGCCUAUGCAGCCAAUGCUACCAUCUCGGGCUCCGUAAAUGGCGGCUCUGGAAGCUACACCCUCCAAUGGGGCAAGAUGGGUGUUCAGAAUCAGACAUUGCUCAUGUUCGCACUACCACAUCACGUUGAAUCUUUCGAUGAGUCCACCGCCGCAGCCCUCACCGACAUCCAGCUCGUCACCACGACCAAGGGGUAUGCCCGCGCCGUGGUCGCCGACAAGAUCACCAUGACCGAAGGCAACCUCCCCGACACCAUCAGCUUCGGACCCUGGAUCCCCAACGCCAACGGCGGAAACGGCGGCAGCGAAAACACGAACCUCAACAGCGAGGCCCUCGCCAUGGUGGACAACGCCGGCGCCAUCGAACUCGCCCAGGACUUCGACACGCAGACUCGCCUCAACAGCAUGUACUACAGUGGCAAAGGCCUGGCCAAGUUCGCCGGCGUAAUCUACGCGAUCCAAACCAUCGCCAAGAACACUGAGCUCGCCGCCGCUGGGCUCGUAAAACUCAAAGACGCCUUCAACGUCUUCGUCAACAACACGCAGCCUCUUCCCCUCGUGUACGACAGCGUCUGGAAAGGCGCCGUCUCGUCCGGGACAUACCAGUCCGGUGACACGGGUCUCGACUUCGGAAACACGCUGUACAACGACCACCACUUCCACUACGGCUACUUCGUCUGGAGCGCCGCCGUCAUCGGGCACCUCGACCCAUCCUGGCUUGACCAAGGCACAAACAAGGCAUGGGUCAACAUGCUCGUCCGCGACUACGCCAACCCCUCCACCACCGACCCCUACUUCCCUUUCCAGCGCUCCUUCGACUGGUUCCACGGCCACAGCUGGGCAAAAGGCCUGUUCGAGUCCGGCGACGGCAAGGACCAGGAGUCCACGUCCGAAGACACAUUCGCGACGUACGCGCUCAAAAUGUGGGGCAAAGUGUCGGGCGACGCGGCAAUGGAGGCGCGCGCGAACCUGCAGCUCGCCGUCCAAGCGCGCAGCCUGCACAACUACUUCCUGCUCGAAACCAGCAACACGGUGCAGCCGAGCCAGUUCCUGCCGAACAAAGUGACGGGGAUCCUGUUCGAGAACAAAGUCGAUCAUACGACGUAUUUUGGCGCGAACGCCGAGUAUAUCCAAGGGAUCCACAUGAUCCCGCUCAACCCUACCUCUCCAUAUACGCGGCCUAAGAAGUUUGUGCAGGAGGAGUGGGAUAGCUAUUUCAGUCAGGGCAGGGCGGAUAAGGUGCUGGGUGGGUGGCGUGGCAUCCUCUACGCGAAUCUGGCGCUUGUGGAUCCCGCGACGGCGUUUUCCUUCUUUUCGAAUCCGAACUUCGAUAUGGGGCUGCUGGAUGGCGGGGCGAGUAGGACGUGGUAUUUGGCGUGGACGGCGGCGUUGGCGGGGACUAGUGGGGUGGAAACCGGUAGUGCGAAUGCGACGGAGACGGAUGUUGAAGCUCCUGUGGAGGAGACUGAUGCGCAGGGAAGCGAGCUGUCCGACGUCGAGAGCAGGCACUCCGACGGGGAGUGGACCGCGGAGAAUUACUUGUCAGAGAUCGACGACCGCAGCUCGGAUGAGGAGUGGGACUACUCUGCGGAGACUGAGGAGCCUGCGGCGGAGCAGGAGUGGAGUGUGGAGGAUUAUUACAGUGAGAUAGGCGAUCGGGGAUUGGAUGAGGAAUGGUAUCGAGAAAGUGAAGAGGAGGGAGAGGGGUGGGAGAAGACGUGA